AUGUUUACAAGAGAAUCGUUUGGAGUAAUCCUCUACGAAGCUGAUGAAAGCACUGCAAAGAUGAACCUGACGUUUCAAAUACAGUCCGGUAUAAUAAAAGAUACGAUUUCGGUGAAUGGACCCGAAAUCUCGUUGAAAGAUCUGCGACAAGAAGCGAUACACUUCAUUAAGAAAUCCUAUCCGGAUCGUAAAUGGGAUGACAGUUUGGCUGAUCAUAUACUGUUGUAUCGACAUGACCAUCGAUCCAUCAAUAUUCUUCAGCUGAUCUCAUCCAGUUCAGAUGUCAAAGACGGCACGUUAGUGGAAGUUGUGAUUAGCUCGUAUCCACAAUGUGAUCGAUUGGUUGUUCAUCCACAUAAUCUCUACGUGCACAGUUAUAAAUCGCCGACAUUUUGUGAUUUCUGCGGCGAACUUCUGUUUGGCUUGGUUAAGCAAGGUCUCAAAUGUCAAGGAUGUGGUCUUAAUUAUCAUAAACGUUGCGCAUCAAAGAUUCCGAACAACUGCAAUGGUUCUCGUCAACGACGUCCAUCUGCUAUACCUCUUUCGCCUCUUUCGCCACGAAACUCUCUCGGUACACUCAAGAUGCACCAUCACCUUUCAUUCGAUUCUUAUAAGUCAAUGGUUCAUCAGCUAACAACGCCAGAUAUACUCGUCACAACAUCGGAACAAACCGACAAUGACGAAUCAUCCGACGGAAACUUCCUCCAAAUGCCUCGUAAAGAUCAUCGAAGUUGUAGUUGGAGUGGACGACCGUUAUGGAUGGAGGUGGCUGAAGCAACAAAGAUUAAGGUUCCGCACACAUUUCAAGUUCAUUCAUAUAAACGGCCAACGGUUUGUGGGGUGUGCAAGAAACUGCUGAAAGGCAUUAUUCGGCAGGGUUUGCAGUGUAUAGAUUGCAAAUUUAAUUGUCACAAGAAGUGCAUCGAACGAGCGACGAGAGAUUGUCCGGGAAGUUCGAUCAUACCGUUGAAUUUUUUCUUGGAAGCAGAUGAGAAUAACAGCAAUUUCGGUGGUUCAAUGGAAAAUUUAAGAAUGAUUAGCAAUCAGACUGAUACUGAAAGUGAGGAUGUCGAUGGUAGCGAAAGGAUCAGUCGUACGAGUAAUGCUUCAACAUCAGAUUAUCGUAAAAGGGCUCAAACGACACCAAGUGCACCGUCGCGAAAAACUAAAAAUGGUGACGCAAGCUACGGUAACGAACAACAGUAUCCAGUUGAAAAUAUUCCUCUGAUGCGAGUUGUCAUGUCAAAGAAACAAACCAAACGUCACGAUAAAAAAACGCUGAAAGAAGGCUGGAUGAUGCACUACACAAACGAGAACAAUAUGCGAAAGAAACAUUACUGGAGGUUGGACUCAAAAUCGAUUGUGAUGUAUCAAGAUGAAGUGACCACUCGUUAUUACAAGGAACUGCCGCUAAAUGAGAUUCUCGAAGUGCACCAAAUUGACUGUCAUCAACCGCUCAAGCAGAAGUUAACCCAUCAUUUCGAAAUCGAAUCUCACAAAUGCACCUAUUUCAUCGCUCGAGCUCAGGAAACAGAUAAUCAUAGCUGUGGAAUCGUUGAAACGAGCUCAUUAGAUGACGAUUCGUCGAGUUGGGUGAAUGCAAUACGUCAAGCACUAAUGCCUGUUACGAAUCAAUCGUCUUCAUCGAUGGAUAUGUCACUGCUUAAAGCUCCCAUACUUGGUGAAACUGGCCAGCUUGGGGUACAAAUUCAGAGUGAACGUGAAUUUUCACAACUCUACCAAAUAUUUGUGGAUGAAGUUCUUGGCUCAGGACAAUUUGGUACCGUAUAUGGAGGCAUUCAACGCAAGUCGGGUAAACACGUGGCAGUGAAACUCAUUGAUAAAAUGAAAUUCCCGAGUAGUAAGGAAGUAGCAUUGAAGACUGAAGUGGAAAUUCUGCGAAGUGUUCAUCAUCCGGGUGUGGUUGGAUUUGAGCAGAUGCUGGAAACACCGGAUCGAAUUUUUGUGGUGAUGGAGAAAUUGAAGGGAGAUAUGCUAGAAAUGAUUCUGAGUAGUGAGAAGGGGCGACUUUCGGAACGUAUCACUGAAUUUCUCGUUUAUCAAAUCCUCGUGGCGUUACGUUAUCUUCAUGGUUCGAACAUCGUNCAUUGUGACCUGAAACCCGAGAAUAUUCUUCUGGCGUCCGAAUCCGAUUUUCCUCAAGUUAAAUUAUGUGAUUUUGGUUUUGCACGGAUUAUCGGUGCGCGCAGUUUCAGACGGUCUGUGGUUGGUACUCCCGCAUAUCUGGCACCAGAAGUACUUCGUAAUAAAGGUUUUAAUCGAUCGUUGGAUAUGUGGUCGGUUGGAGUGAUCGUUUACGUUAGUUUGUCGGGAACGUUUCCGUUCAAUGAAGAUGAGGAUAUCAAUGAUCAGAUCCAAAAUGCUGAAUUUAUGUACCCUCCAAAUCCAUGGAAAGAGAUCACUUCGAAUGCCAUCGAUUUCAUAAACGGUCUUCUACAAGUGCGAAUGAAUAAACGUCUAACUGUUCUGAAAGCGCUC